CUCCCCAUCCAUCUCUUCCACCUCCUUCUCCUGUCCCGAGAAGCAUUUCGCAAUAUCUUCCCAAUUAUCAUUUUGUGACUAAGUAAGGCAUUUGCAUACUCCACUUGUGACGUCACUGUCGCCAUGACCAAUCAAGUGACAGUUUCUUUUGCUUUACGAUAACACACUUACAUAUGCACAACAUCUGUUAAAGUUAUUUUAAUACUGUAGGGAAGUUCCAUCUUCUCACUUCCUACGCGUACCCAGAGAAGUGUGGAUACCCAGGGAGGCUAACAACUAGACAAAACUUCACGGAAAAUUUUACAUUUUGAUUAAUCACAUGAAUCGAAAUUUUCCUGAUUAAAUUCGUUUAUUUUAAAAAAGCCUUUUGAAAUAAUGCUCCCCCUUGCAAGCAUGGGCAUUUGUUCAUCACUGUCUCUGACGUCAUUCUUACGUAUAUAGAUAUAAUGCUGAAAAGUCGUUCUGUUUAGUGCCCGUUAUUUUAUGAUUUAUUCGGAAGUUGGAACAGGAUUGAUUUUCAAAAAUCGUAAGUGGGCCUAAGCAGGAUCUAAGGCAAAACAUAGCGCGUAGAUGGUACCUCCUGGUCAAGUUAUCAAUUUGAGGAGAUCUUCAAUACCCGUCCAGCCAGAUAUGAAGAUCAGAAUCCUCUUAUCGCCCCUGUUCGUCUCGCUCUUCUUCCUCUUCUUCCUCUUCGGCCAAUUCCAUUUGCCGAAAGAAGGCCGGGCCGUCCCUUCCUACGCAAGAGGUCCCUAUAAGCCCACACAAAUCGAAGAUGAUAGGGAGAGAGAAAGAAUCGGAGAAGGUGGAGAAGAGGAGGGGGCAAGAAGUGAAAUACCGGGAAGAAGAAAAGAAGGAACAGAGACAGGAGGGAUAGUCAAGGACUCAGAGAAACGACAAAAAUUGGUGAUUUUAUGGACAGGUUGGAGGAGCGGAUCGACGUUCAUGGGCCAGGUGUUGUCGCGAGCCGCUAAUGCCACGUUCUACAGCUACGAGCCCCUCCACAUGUACGGCGUGAAGGUGAUGGACCAGGAUGACGCAAGAACCCGCAGCGCUCUGGUACUGAUGAAGGACCUCCUGCUGUGCCGCCUCGAAAGCCACUCGGACCAGGUGUCCUACAUGGGCAGGUGCGACUUCUACCUCCGCCAGAACGUCUACCUGAAGGGGCACUGCCUGAGGGAUGAUCCCAAGUUCCAAGCGAGCCUCUGUCGAAACGCCUCCUACGUGGCCGGAGUGUGUCGCUCUGCGGACAUGAACGUCAUUAAGGUGCUUCGUCUCAGCCUGCAGUUCGCGCGACCUCUGUUGGAAGACGAUGAACUCGACGUCCAGAUCAUCUACAUGGCUCGUGACCCUCGCGCCGUCCUCAGCUCGAGGAUGAAAGCCUUCUGGUGCACAGGCAUAUGUGCGGAUUCCCAGACGGUUUGCUCGCUCCUUGAGGGCGAUCUCAGGGAUGCGGCUUUGCUCUCCCGAGAAUAUCCUACGAGGUUCAAGUUCGUCCUGUACGACGAGAUCUGCGACAAAGGCCUCUCCGCCCUGCAGGCUGUGAUGACCUUCCUUGACCUCCCCGUCACCGACGCACAAAUAAAACUCCUGCCACCGAGGCAGACCUUGGGCAUGAUGAGCAUCUCGAGAGCCGACAUGUGGAGGACGAGGGCUUCCUUCGCCAAGGUCGUGGAGCCCCUCCAGAGGCUGUGCGAGGCUUCCUUGGAGAAGCUGCAACUGAGGGCCUUCGCGUCUCAGGAGGAAUUGCUGGAUCUCAGUCGGCCGGCGUUGCUUCGCUCUCCGGAGAUCUAGGUGGCGCUGGUGUUGUUGUGGUGAUGAUGAAGGUGAUGAUAAUGGUGAUCGUGUGAUUAAGAUGGUGAUGAUGUGAUUUUUUUUUUUACUAUACAAACAAUGGCGGAUCGCAAAUGAAGCUUUUAUUCUUCUAUACAUCAUUUCUUUUCAACAUUUGCAGCGAAUGCCAUUUCACACGAUAGAUUUAACCUCUCGGUGUGGUUGACAAGUCUGAGAUACGAACUAUAUAUUGUAUAAUCUUAAUACUCCAUAGACAUUUAAAGUAUUGAAGUAUCUGGACAUAUGUCCUCUUUGAAAUGUUCUUAAUUAACUCCAAAAUAAAGAAGACACCUUUCAAUAAAGUGUCGCAUCAAAUUCUGUGUUAUUAAUAAUAACAAUAAAUGACUAGAAACACCUAUUAUAAAAUCAAGUUCAAGUCUCAAUUCGCAUCAGGUCAUAGGAAUAUGGUUACUAAAGAAGGUUUAAUUACUUAGUUAGAACAAGUUUCUAAUAAAAGGCCACUUUAUUAAUAUGUAUGUCACAUCAUUUAACAUGUAAUUGGUUAAAGGAAGUGAAGACCCUAUGUUAUAGUUUACUUACGCUGUAAUAUCACUAACCUACAUAUCUGUCCGGUUCAUUCCACCCGUUUUUUUGUUGUUGUUUUUUUUUUUCAGUUCGUUCAUCAAUCCCAAAUAAAUGCAGAGGUUAUGUUUCAUAUCAAUUAAAUAAAUUUGCUUGUACA